AAUAUGAAGCCAAUAUUGAUGAAAGGCCAUGAAAGGCCUUUGACGUAUCUCAAGUAUAACAGAGAAGGUGAUCUUCUCUUUUCAUGCUCAAAAGAUUCUACACCGACUGUGUGGUUUGCUAAUGAUGGUGAGCGUCUGGGUACUUACAUAGGACACCAUGGAGCGGUUUGGUGUUGUGAUGUAUCAAGAGACUCCAGGCGCCUUAUUACAGCAAGUGCCGAUCAGACAGCAAAGCUGUGGGAUGUUCAAUCUGGAACCGAGCUUUUUUCCUUCAAUUUUGAUACUCCAGCUAGAGCUGUAGAUUUCGCACUUGGGGAUAAGCUUGCUGUAAUCACCACAGAUCCUUUCAUGGACGUUCGGACUUCGAGCAUUCAUGUGAAAACCAUCUCUAGCGAUCCAGAUGAACAGACUGGUGAUUCUGUGCUUACGAUUAAUGGUAUCCGAGGAAGAAUCAAAGCUGUAUGGGGACCGUUGAACAAGACUAUAAUCAGUGCUGGUGAAGACGCAAUCGUCCGCAUGUGGGAUUCGGAGACGGGACAACUGCUCAAUGAAUCAAGCAAUGAAACUGGACAUCAUAAGAACAUUACUUCGCUCUCGAUGUCUGAAGAUGGAUCGCACUUCCUAACCGGUUCUUUAGACAAGUCUGCUAUACUUUGGAACACCAGGACGUUGGAAAUUAUCAAGACUUAUGUAUCGAAACGUCCAAUCAAUGCUGUUGCGAUGUCUCCACUUUAUGACCAUGUGGUUGUUGGAGGUGGUCAAGAAGCAGGGGUGGUCACUACAACCGAUCAUCAUGCUGGGAAGUUUGAGGCUAAAUUCUUCGACAAGAUUCGUGGGGAAGAGAUUGGUGCUGUAAAAGGACAUUUUGGGCCGAUUAAUGCGUUGGCGUUUAACCCUGACGGAAGAAGUUUCUCAAGCGGAGGAGAAGAUGGUUAUGUAAGGUUACAUCACUUUGAUCAAGAUUAUUUCGAUGACACUAAGUAG